AUGUCUGGUUCUUUUCCAAAGACAAAUGAGGGAAUGGUUAGUCCAUCGACGGAGACUAAUCGGUGUGCAGAAAAAGAAUGGUCUCUUCAAAUAGGAGAACCAACAGAGUUGAUUAAUGUUCAAAAAUUCCUGGAUUCCUUCAGUUUGGAGCUUGGACGCGAAGAGGAGAGCAUACGAUGCGAUUCUAGAUUGUCUGAAAAACUUAGCAAGAAACAGCUUAAAGAAAUCAGAGAAAAAUGCAGGACAAUAUGCUCACGGUAUUUUAACCACCAUGAUCCGGGCAAAAUAAGACCUGAGCCAUCAGCAAUGGAAAUUAAAUAUCUGGAAAUGUCCAAGGAGUCGGAUAGUUCUCCUCUGGCAAGCUUAAGAACCAAAAGUUCACAUAUUAAGCGUGAAGAUUUGAAUUAUUUGUCUUCCGUAAAAUUCUCUAAACCGAACAAACCAAAUGAAACUCAAGACUUUGAAAAUAAACCUGAAGUCAUCCUGUCGGUUGCGUUUUACAAUCAGAGUAAAAAUUCCACACGCACGCAAGAAUUUUUGGUUUUGGGAAGUCAACCAUUAACUGCUCUUAGAGAUGCAUUCUAUUGUCUUCGAGAUUUUUAUAAACUUGAACCAUGGGAACAACCGAAACCUACUACUAUAUUAAAUGAAACAAACCAAAAAAU